GCUCUUGUUCAAGCAAAACAUUGAAAGAAAUUGUCGCAAAUCGACACGGUCAACGGUAGUCGGGAAGGAGAAAAUGAUAAGUUAGAAGGACAUUGUCGAGGCCAACAUGAAGCAUGAUGCGAAGGAAGCUACGGCAGUAUGGAUAGGGCUACAGAUGCACUAAAAACAGCGGCCCCACCAGUAGCGUUGGCACGUGGAAUGACAGAGUUUCAUUCUUACUGACCUGUCCUUCACCGAUGCGGGGUAGCUUCAAUGCACAGAAGAGUUAAAUUGGGCCAUUCCUUGUCUUGAAGUAUUUUUCCGGGCUGACCUCCGCGCUCUGCUGCGCAACACUGAUUAGAGUCGAUUCCCGGAGUUCAUACUAUCAAGCCAGAUAUUCCACCAUGGCAGAUAUAUAUGAACAAGUCUUUACCCUUAGUCCGAUACCGAGUGUUAUCCUCAAUCCUGAGCUUCGCAUCCAAAGAGCUUCGAACAGCUUCCUUCACCAUACAAAGUUGCGCGUGGACGAGUUGUGCGAUAGUAACUACCUCGAGCUACUCAAAGAUCGAGUGCUGAUAUCAGACACCGAUAUGCGUCACGUCCGCGACGUCAUCCAUGGGACGAUUCAGACGCUGGAAGUACAAACAGGCCGGCGCAUCCGUACAAGCCCAGGGGCAGUGUGGCAACUGCGUGUGGUUCCAACGGUCAUGAACGGUGCCCUCCUCUACCUGCUGGUAGAAUGGCUGCAAGCUGCAAAGAGAGAAGAGAAAAACAGUCUAAUCGGCAAUGGUUUGGCAAGAAGCGAGGCACUCCGACUACUGGUAGGAGCUGUCAAGGAUUAUGCCAUAUUUUUGCUUGACACCGAAGGCAUCGUGCUGACUUGGAACGCCGGUGCCGAGCUCAACAAGGGAUACAAGCCUCACGAAAUCAUCGGCAAGCAUUUUUCUACAUUCUAUAGCGAGGAAGACGUAAGAGCAAACAAGCCUGCGAAAGAACUGGAGGUCUGUCUGCUUGAGGGAAGGGUGGAAGAUGAGGGGUGGAGGUACCGCAGAGACGGCACCCGCUUUUGGGCCAAUGUCAUCAUCACAGCGAUCUACGAUGUCGACGUUCAUGUGGGAUUCGGUAAAGUUACUCGGGACUUAACCGAGCGCAAGGCAGCCGAAUCUCGCCUUCUCGCCGCAUACGAGGAGAGCGCAAAUCUAAAAUCGGAGUUCCUUGCCAACAUGAGUCACGAAAUCCGGACACCAAUGCACGGGAUGAUAUCAGCUAAUAAGCUACUUCUCGACACUCAGUUGACCGAGGAACAGCGAGAUCUGGCAGACAUCAUCAACGACUCCGGAAAAAUCAUGUUACAGGUCAUCAAUGACAUUCUCGACUAUUCUAAGCUGGUGUCCGGCAGUUUCUCACUCUCCUCGAGCAUCGUCGUCAUCACCUCUAUUGUCGGCUCCGUGAUGCGCAACUUCCAGACAAUUCUCAAAUCUGGCGUGUACUUUCAAAGCUUUUCUGCCGAAGGUAUUCCCAGGUCCAUACAGGGCGAUCCUCUUCGCUACCGCCAGGUCCUCCAAAAUCUUGUCAGCAACGCCGUCAAGUUCACCGACAAGGGUUUUAUAGGCAUCCGCACAUGUGUCCAUUCAGAAGACGACCACACGUAUACAAUCAAAACCGAGGUUCAGGAUACCGGGAUUGGCGUUUCUGAGUCUGCAGCCAGCUCUUUGUUUACGCCUUUCCGGCAGCUUGACAAUACCACCACCAAGACGCACCAAGGCACAGGUCUUGGCUUGUCCAUUUCUAAAUCUUUGGUCGAGCUGAUGGGCGGACAGAUAUGUUUCGCGCCCAACCCCGAGCGCAGCGGCAGCGUAUUCUGGUUUACGGCAAAGUUCAAUAAGAUAAAUAUCUUGGAUGGAAUGGAAAGCCUUACAGCCCAAUUUGAUGGGACAACCCCGUUGACUCCGAAUCCGGACGACUCCACCUUAUACCGAGAAUAUUUUGGAACCAAGAGUCUUCUACUCGCCGAAGAUAACAUUAUCAAUCAGAAGGUUAUGGUCAGAAUGCUACACUCACUCGGUUUUAUGCGAGUUGACACAGCGGUAGAUGGUGCUCAAGCAAUCAACUUGGUUAUUAAUAGUCCAAAGAAUUACGACCUCAUCUUAAUGGAUAUCAGCAUGCCCGUCCUUGAUGGCAUCGCAGCAGCGACCCAACUCAGAAGAUCUGGGUGUCGACUACCGAUCAUUGCCGUCACGGCGAAUGUCCUGAAAGAAAGUCGAGAAGAUUUUCGUGCUAAGGGAUUAAAUGACUAUGUUCCAAAACCUGUUGACAGAAAUCUCUUGACAAAGAUUCUGAUGGAAUGGCUGGUUCUAAAGACGUCCACGUGAACUCGGCCGACGUACAAGAGGUCACUUAGCACGGAGCAUCAUGAUACGCGGAACAGCAUAGAUAAUCCAGCAUCGACGAACAGCACAGCAAACAGGCCCGAUAGGAUAGAGCUAAAGCACUAGAGGUGCAAAUGGUGGA